AUGUCGAACUUUGAGAGUGAAUUUGUUACUAUGAAUGAUGCUGCUCUUAGCUGUAAUUGCGGUCUUUCAUUCCAAACAGAAGGAGAGCUGUGUAAACAUGUGUCGCGAUGCGCUGUUUCGAAUAUUGGCAAGCAGAAUGUUAACAUAGCAAAUGAUGCCGACACUGUGAUGCUGUCUCCGGUUGUGAAUGAUCCUUCGUUCCAAUGGGUUACUACCGAAGUUGACACUUCUAAAGAAGAAGAACUGUCGGAUAUUAAUACUGUUCUUUGCGAUAAGAAUUUGGUAAUUUCCAAAGAAGUAGGGAUUAUAUGCCAAAGUUGUCAGAGCGUUAUCAAUUGCAACUCUGUUGUUUCCCACCUAAAGGGACAUAGUGAAACAAUUGACCGCGAGCUUGUUGAAUCGUUAACUCGUUUCAAAUUUAAAACGUUGGGUGAGCUGCGAGAAGAGUUCUAUACUAAGGUCCAUUUAAGAGAUGUUGUGAAAGGGUUGCCCAUUCUGCUGAAUGGGCUCAAGUGCAAACUGUGUCCUGAAGAUGAUAUGUAUUGUACAUCCUUAAAACGAUCAAUGCAGAAACAUAUCUCUUCGGUACAUAAGAAUGCUUUAAGCUACAGAGAUGCUGUUGAAGCAUGUCCUGUGCAAAGUCUUGCAGCAAAUGCAAAACGCAUGCGUUGCUUUCCGGUUCGAUAUGAUACCGUUCUCAAAAGUGUUAAUCAAGAAGAAACUGUGCUGUUUGUUGACAGAGAAGGUAAAAAGUUUCUGGAAGAUGCUUGUUCACUGGAACAUUGCAAUAACAAUGAUGCAUUUUCAGACGCUCGUACAAGGAAUCUUUUCUUUGAGCGUUACCGAUGGGAUCUCGUAAUUGCCGAUGUGGACGAUCCUGAAAAUCUGCUGAAAGAGCCGAAUGCUACUGAGGAGCCCAAAUUGUUCUUUGUGUUUGAACAAAUAAAAUUAUAUUUUGUUAAAGCUGAGCAAACAUUGAGCCAAUUGGACAUCAGUCUUCGUCGUUAUUUUGCUCAAACUACCCAAGAAGAAAGUUUUGAGCCUGGCUUUCGUGGACUUGAGCAAGAUGAUUCUAUCAAACUCUAUUCUUCUCAGGGAGCAAAGUGUGCAAUGUUUCAUUGCCGUUUGGUUCCAGAGAUUUACGAGGAGUAUUGCGAACGCAUCCGUGAUGAUGUCGAGGACACAGAAGUGUUCGAAAAUGUUCAUGAACUGUUAAAAAGAGUAUUUCUGAUUACGUUCCCGGGAAAUGUUAGUCUCGAUAACAACAAUGUUAACAAAUUUUUGGCAUGUCAAUCGUUGCAUACAAUAGAUGGUUCUUUUGAUGCAUUCUACUUAAUCAAUCCGAGAAUAGCAAGAUUAUUGCAUUGUUGUCGAUUGGUUGCUUUAAUGCAAUUUGACAAGUUAAAAAACGAUAAUCCUGAAACUGUAUGUCGAUCCGAAGAUUAUGAAACACCUGGGAAGAUUAUAUACGAAAAUGUCUUCCGUUUUGUAGGUGUUAAUACCAGAUGCAUAUGCGAAUACCUCGUUACAAUUCAGGGCUACGUUAGAAGAACCGCUAUUACACAGCCUCAUGAGUUCUCACUGUCCGUUAUUCCCGGUACAAUGGGUGAAGUCGUUCGUUUUCGUCCAUUAAAAUUGACAGACAAAAUUAUAGGACCUCAUAAGAACGGGUUUCAGAGUUUCUCAUUACAGAAUCUACGAAAAUUUUAUAACCUUCUUUGGAACGAUGCUCUUAAACUCUUUAAAAGAUUGGUGUUUGAUGUUGACUUCGAAGCAAUUGUACCCGAAGGCCGUUUAAACGAAUGUGUUGAUGAUUUUAACAGAACAAGUACUGGAUUUUCAUUUUUAGACAACAAUAAUUGCUUGAAAAGAUGUCGCACAGUUAUUUUUCGGAAGGCCUUGAGGUCUUUUCACUUGAUGUUUCCCCCCGCGGAGCUUCGCGGUACACAUGGGAGUCUCGGAUUUCUUCAAUCCUUUAACGAAAAUUGUGAAUUUAAAGAGGAACUUCGCAAGCUUUCGUGGGACUACGAAGGUAUACGACAAUACCUUACUGAAGCAGCUCAAUUUGUUGAGCUGCUAGCAUUAUUAAUUCAUAUUGGAAGUGGUCAGCCAGCACGCGGCGAAGAAAUUCGUAAGUGGAAGCUGAGGAAUACACAAUUAGCCGCUAGAGAUAUGUUUAUUGACGACGGACGCAUCUUAUUGAUUCCUUCGUACAGUAAAAGCAGGAACCGCUCAUCAAUGGACAGACCAGUUCCAAGAUAUCUCCCCCUAAGUCUUUCCCUCCUCAUGCUGAGAUAUUAUUCUUUGGUGCGUCCUUUCGAAAGUCUUUUGCUAUAUAUUGAGUCCGGCGAUGUAACGAAAGUCAAUACUUCUGAGUAUUUUCUUUUCGUUCAAAAUGGCAAGACAUUUGCAAGGAAUGGAAUGACGGAGAAGUUCCAAUCCUACGUCUUCAAGUAUUUCGGAGUGUCUAUGGGGCUUGCCAUUUAUCGGCAUAUAGCCGUUUACUUCAAAGAAACGUUUAUUCAGGGAACAGCUUAUGAUGACGAAAACUCGGCCUUUGACUUACAAGCGGGCCAUACCAGAAAAACAGCAACAUUAGUAUACGGAAAGACAAACGAAAUGCCUGAGUAUGGAUCCACAAAUUUUCUCACUCAAGCCUUUGUCGUAUCUACUCAAUGGCAGAAUUUAUUGAAUAUUGACCAACGGAAAACUCGCGAGGAGUUUUCAACUACACAGCUUCGCGGUACACAAUUAAUAGAAUACUCAAAUUCAGAAAGACCAAUUCAAAAGACGAGCUCGCCCAGCCUUAAUAUUCCUAGUACAGAAGAUCUUUGCUCACAAGUUAUAAAGACACUUUCUCGGCAGCUAUCUUCGUCCAAUUUUGAACAAGCACGCCCGGCUCCUCCUGCACCAUCUUCUGUAAUAAAGCAAUGUCUUCAUGGACUACGUGAUCUGUAUCAGUCCAGGACGGCACAUUUUAAAAAUAGCGAACAAGCUAAAGCCUGCGGUCUCGCAUUGUUGAGGACGUGCAACUUGUUGGUUGUAUUACCCACUGGUUCCGGCAAAUCCCUGGUAUUUUUAUUACCAGCAUAUCUUGAAGCCAGAAACAACAGUGGCCUAGUUACGGUGCUGGUUGAGCCUUUGUUGUCUUUGAGGCAAGAUAUGCUUAGAAGAGCAAAAGCCGCCGGUUUAAGUUGUUGUCAAAGCCUUGAAGAAGUAAGAGUAUAUUUGGAAGCUGGAAAACUUCCAAAUAUCAUUGUAUUUACUACAGACCAGGUUGUCUCUACUAGUGCUUUACAGCUUUUGGCUUCUUUAAAUGAGCGUCAUCAACUCGCUCGAGUUGUUAUUGAUGAAGCUCACACCAUUGUUGCAGACAGCCCUUGGCGAUCUGUUAUGUAUCGCAUGAAGAAUUUAUUGCAAAUGGAACGUCAACUGUGCUCCGAACUGUGCAUUGUUCCUUAUACAAUUCGCUGUUCUACGAUGAGACCAAAUAUUGAGUAUCGUGUUCAGCGGCUUGUGAAAAGAGAUUUUAUAAGCGUGCUUUUUUCAUAUUGUGAGCAAGCACAAAAGAUAACGGAACAAGGAUGGCGUGGACUAGUAUUUUUUCAGUCCAAAAAGGUUUUACAUUCCUGCUACGAAGCUGUUCAGAAAGACACAAGCUUCAAGUACAAGGUCGACAUUAUGUUUUGCACUAAAGCUUUUGGAAUGGGUGUUGAUUAUGCCCAUGUCAGAUUCUCUAUUCACUAUGGAAGUCCUGGCACUAUCUUCGACUACGCACAAGAAAGCGGACGCUGUGGACGAGAUGGAAAACACGCUACUUCUUUAUUGUUGCAUUAUCCCUUUAGUGGUUUUGAGUGCUCUGAUGAUGUUAACAACGAGACAUAUUUACCGACACAACAUGUUGUUGACAUUCAAAUGUUUAACCGUACACCCUCUGCAAUGUCAACAUUGAUUAUUGAGGACGACAAUUCUUUUUUCAGUGCGUACGAUGCCUCUUCACCUUUAAAAAGCAAAUCUAGGGUUCCGCACCAGGACAUCGACAUCUUUUCUCCCACUAUAGAAGGAAAUCCGAAAAUAAGUGAAGGAAACACAGACGCUGCUACGACCCAAACACAAAUUUCUUGUGAGAUUUCGUCAAGUUCGCAGGAGAGAAAACGGAAGAUUGGAAGCGACGAUUCAGCAUCCAUGAAUGUACCAAGCUCGGACUUUUCCUCACCUACUAAAAGGGUGCAAAGGAACAUCAACAAUAACACGGAAGUGCUGAACCGUGUGAGGUCUUUUAUGGAAAAUUACGCCAAUCAAUGUACUAUUUGUCUCCUUAACGGCUAUACUAACUGUCCCGCGCACGCGUACUGGAAAUGCCCAUUUAUUCAAGGUCGUUGUUUAAGCUGCAAUUCAAAAGAUCAUAACGCCCGCAGCUGCCCUAAUCGUUUCCGUUUCCAAGGUGUUUGUCAGCGUUGUGGUCUUACAAAUGCCUUUCAUGAUCCUACUAACUUCGGCUCUAAAUGCAAUAACUGGGCAACCGGACGCUUAAUUGAGUUCUGCCGUAUGGGAUGGCAAAUUCCCGAUGCACAAACGUUAAUCGUCAACGAAAUUCUUCACGGAAAUCCGGACUACUUAAAGCUCUGCGAAUACAUCGGUACAUGGGAAACAUUUCCUGGUGCACUAAGAGUAGCCUAUCUUCUGAUUGACAAGUAUUUACAUUUAGCAAUUUAG